ACGGCUGUUUUACAUGUCGAUGUCAGUUUUUGUCCAGUAGUCCGCUAGAUGAGGUGUGUGGGGUGUAUGUGCUAUUAGUGGAUUAUUCUAAGCUCACUGUUCUCUUAGUCUCUUUAAGAAAAAUGAAAGUUUAGUGCUGUAACUGGUGUUCUGGAAAAUUAUCUAUCAAUAGUUUUAAUAGAGCAAAGUAUGCGCAAUGGAUUUCUUUAACAUCCAAUAGUGCAUAUUAAUACUUACGAACACGCAUUUUCCCGUUCGUUCUAUCGUGCUUAUAUCCGGGUUCUGAUCUAUGAAACAAAUUUAUCUUCAAGACACACACACUAUAAAAGAAGAACAGACUACAAAGUUGAGAAGUCGCGAAUUAUGAACUACUUUACAAACUUGAGUGAAAAUCAAAAUUCAAACAGUCAUGCGUGAAUUGUUACGGAUUUCGGAGUGUAAUAUGGAAUUUCAUUCUUGGUGAGAAAUAAAUCAAUAGACAUACUUACAUGCAUCAGUGAAGCGCACACUUGUUCGUGGACAGACAUAUAGCGAAAAAAAAAGCUAAGCAUCCGUAAUUGCCGCAAUUAGCCGCUUACUCCAAUCCAAGUCUGUCUGUAUGCGAGCAAAAAGUUUCUAACGGGUGUGAAAAUAAAAACGAGUACGAGUUUCGCUUUGCUUCAGCGCACAGAAGUCAUGGACAAGCAUAACGAAGUGCUGCUGAAUACCUUCGUCAUAUCCAAGAAGAAAUAUCGAGUGUUCUACAAUGCCGGCGCACUUGUGUGGGAAGCUGAAAACUCGAAAAAAGGUAAAACCACGGUUCACAUUGGCGAUAUCAUAUCUGCCCGGCUUUCUGCGACGGCGAGCGGUCGAAUUUCCACCAAGCAUGCAGCCACGAACAUUCCCACCAACUAUGGGACUACCUCCAGUACUCAUGCACCGAUAAACGAGAGUCUAGUUUUCGACCGGAUUCCAGUUCUGCCUACUUCGGAGUCAACUACUACGAAUGCCACGGUUAACACAGUGACAACGACAACCAGCAAUGUCAAUUCCUAUGAUCUGCUCAACAACGACGCUUCUAGCGAAGAGAACAUUAUCAACGAAAGUAACGCCAUUACUAAUUAUUUGAUAAUCAACUAUGCGAGAUUAGUUUCGCCACGUACAUGCAAAUGGAGAGUUCAGCAGCUGGUGCUGUUCAACAGCGAACAGCGGAUUAUCAGGCUCUGGUACAAUCGGUUAUCGGAUGAUAUCAAAGAUCAAAAUCGACCAAAAAAUUUGCUGAUAUUCCUCAAUCCGUACGGGGGUAAACAAAAGGCAUUUGCAUUGUUCGAAAAAUAUGGCAAACCGCUCUUCAAAUUGGCCCACGUCGACAUCAAUCUGAUAAUCACUCAGCGGGCUCAGCAAAUAUAUGACAUCAUGACAUCGCAAACGAUUAAUUUGAACUGUUACGAUGGCAUUGUGUGUUGCGGGGGCGAUGGCACCUUUGCUGAACUCUUCAACGGGCUUGUCUACAGAACGAUGAUCGAUUUGGGUUUGGAUAUUCGUAAUCCGCCAUAUCUGCCGAAACCGAGCAUUCCGAUUGGAAUUAUACCAGCUGGCAGCACCGAUACAGUCGCCUACUGCUUGAAUGGAACUACGGACGUUAAGACCUCUAUCAUUCACAUCAUUCUUGGCCAAUCGUACGGAUUAGAUGUAUCCAGUGUAUAUCGAAAGCGUGACGUCGAUUCCAAUCCCAGUUUUGUUGGUCCGGCCAAUACCAGUGGUUCGUCCGAUGACGUUGGUGGUGCUACCGAUCGACCCCAGUUGCUCAAGCUGUACGCUAGUGUGAUAUCGUAUGGUUUUUUAGGAGAUGUGACGAGCGAUAGUGAGAACUAUCGUUGGAUGGGUCCUAAAAGAUACGAAUAUUCAGGUUUUAAAAAGUUCCUGAGAAAUCGCGGCUACAAAGGCAGCGUUGGCGUUCUGUUGGAAAAAGAAACUGCGGAUGGUGGCGCGUCCAUGCGGAAUAACCCAAACGACGGAGUUCGGUGUUUAGAGAACUGCCAGCGUUGCCAGCUUGCGGUGGCUAAAGUUAUCAACCGUGAUGAACUAGAGAGCGAAGAAAAAAUUAUCAACGGAAAGUUUCUUAUGGUGAAUGGUGCUAACAUAUCCUGUGCUUGCUCACGAAGCCCACAGGGCUUCAAUCCGUACUGUCACUUGGGCGAUGGCUAUAUCGAUUUGAUCUUAGUGCGGCACACGUCCUUCCUGAACAACAUUCGGCUGCUGUUGGCAAUGUCUUCCAAGAGCAAAAAGAUUAGUGAUUUACCCUUCGUGGAGAUUUACCGUACGAAGAAGUUCACUUUCCAUGCACGUACGACGACAGCCUUGGACGAGGGUCUGCUUGGCCACGAUAACAGCGCCAUAGAGGAGGACUCCAAUCAAACCGGAACGUCAAGCAGCCCCAUAGGUGCGAAUCACACUUCGCCUAGCAGUAGCACGACAGCAUCAGGAAGGUGUCUGUCCCGAUGGAACUGCGACGGUGAAAUACUAUCCGGCACGGACAUUAUUGUGGAGUGCAAUUGCCAGCUAAUUAACGUAUUUCGACGAGGAAUAUCCUGCAGUGAUAGUAGUUCUAAGAAUAAUGAUUCAAGCGUUUUAAACUGUUGCGGGCUGUGCAAGUAGUCGUUUAAUUUUCAUCCUAGGAGAUUACCGUUUAAUAUUUUCUUUUCCUAUUGUUUACUUCUAUUAACAUUUGGAGACAAAACCUGCCUGUGAUUGGUAUAAGAUACAAAGCUGGACUCUUACCCUUCAAAGAUUCGUGCUGUUAGUUGUACUGAUAAAACGUAAAGGUACCUUAGUGCCCUAUUAGGAUGUAGUAAAACUGUAGUUUAAUAAUGCUUGCAGUUAUUGCCACGGUAAUUGUAUACAAAAAUAAUAUAAUGUUUCUAUCUGUUACUGAAUUGCAUUCCACAGAAUAAGAACAAAUGACAAUUGGUUAGUAAGUUGGUCAAUUUAACACUCAUUAUCGUGAUAAAACAGACCUGCGUGGUGAUAGUAGUAUUAUAAAUGGGGACAUCCUAUGAGAUUGAGGUAUUACUGCUCUUAAGAGAACUUAUCAGUAUAAUUAUGAAACAGUUUUUUUCUGUAAAUAGCAGAUUGUGUUAUUAAAACCGAAAUUGUAUUUGCAUCUAGCAUUUUAUACUUUUAAUAAAAAGGGAUUUUAUAUUCUGUUGGAUUAUACUAAGGAAUAAACUGACUUUUGAUUAUAGUGAUUUA